AUGGCUGCACUCGGCACUCCAUUCCAACUUCAACCAGCGAGCAAUGCCCCGGUUGGUGCGGCCAUCAGCCCGGUCAACCAGCCACUUCCUGAAUGGCUCCUCCACUUGAGCUCUGGUCAAAAGAGCAUCAGAUCACCUCCAAUGCCUCCAUUGCCUACCAGAAACCGCCGCAGAUCGUCGACAAAGCGAAUCUCUCGUGAAUCCGUCCAUCCCGAAAGAGCAAGGCACCUCGAACGAAACCGGAUCGCCGCCAAUAAAUGCCGAAUGAAGAAAAAGGAAGACCAGGAGCAGAUGAUGCAGCUGAUGAACAGAGAGUCUGAGAGGCGGGAGUCCCUCAUUUCAGAAGCCAACUCUUUGCGGAAUGAGGUCUGGCAAUUGAAAAACAGCUUGUUUGCGCAUGCGGAAUGCGGCGAUGGAGAAAUCUUGCAAUGGCUGCAGAGAAUGACACAGGAUGCCUUCUCGGAAUACCGAAAACCUUCAAGCUUUUCGUCUGAUUCCUCAGCGCAAGUCACCGACUCCUUGCCGGACAUUUGUACAGAGGGGCUUGAGGUGCCCGAGGGCGCUCUGUUUGACGAUUUGAUCAACUUAUGA